UCUUGUUCUUCUGCUUCUUAGCCGCUUUUUCGCUCUCAGCAACAAUGAUUCCACGACUGGUGAUCUCGUUCACAAGCCACCCAACCGCAGCAGCAACAACAGCAUUGCGCUCCCUGUCCACUUUGGCUCGCGCGUCCGCCCAGCAACACCAACAUCAUCAACACCAACAUCAGCAACACCAUCACAGCCAGGAUGGAGCCGCGGAUCCAGUCCAGCGAACGGUCGCGCGGAUUGUCGCUCUGCCCUCUGCACUGACGACCCUCCAGCCAGCGACGAGCAGCGGCAACACGUCGUGGCUCUUUCAUUGCCUCACGGAUCGCACGGUGAUUGGCGACGAGACGAGCAAGCCAGAGACCCCGCAGCAGCAGCAGCAGCAGCAAGCUACUUCUGCAGAAAACCUGCUCUCAGACAACCAAGCUCCCGCCAGCAAUGCCAAGGUCACCAUCGUACAGCGCAUUAGCAACGCCGCGAGUGACCAGUGGCACGAGAUGGAGACGGCGCCCCCAGAGUCGAUGCGCGGUCGCAUGUACGCCAUCAUUCAGAAGCUCCAGUCCAAGGUCGAUCCCGCCGAGCUCUUCUUCAAGGACGUCUCUGUCCGCAUUCAUCAUGCACGAACGCAUGCGCACAAGCACAUUCCCGACGUCCCGGAAGUGUUUGGCCAGUGCGAUGUCGUGGAAAUUCUGCACCCGCUGCAGCAACCUGCCGAAUUUGGCGCCAUCCAGCACAAUCUGGGCUCGCUUGCCACAGACUAUCGGAAACGGCUGGAUCGGCGUAUGGCCAUGUACGUGGCGCUCGUCCCGUUGACCGCAAUGAUGUCGGUCGUGCCGGGACCCAACAUUUUCCUGCUGUGGAACGCUCUUCGGUUGCACUCCAUCAUCAAGGCGCGCCAGGGCUGUGCGUUCUUGACGGAUGCUUGCGCAAAGAACGCCAAGCGGCGACCAUCGCUUCUGAUCAUCCAGUCCGCCCAAGCACCCGAGCUGGCCGACGCCGCUUUGCACGUCAAGACGCACGCCGAGCUUCUCGAUGCAGCAGCCACAAUCUUGCUCGAGCCUACGCUUCCAGUGCGUCUCGAUCGCUUGCAGCAGCGAUUCUCAAAGCUAUCUCUGGCCAAGGAUGCCAAUAACUGAAAGCCGAAGUGCGCUG